AUGGACAACGAUAAUACCACAGCAAUACCCAGCAACAAAGAGACCCCUGAGCCAGGCCUUGCUAUGGACGGAACGGUUGCCAACGCCAUCGAUGAGGCGGACACGGCGAAGAAGGAGGAAGCUGUGGGAGAAGUUGGCAGGGGAUCGACGGCUCGAUCUAUUGAGGAUUUCCCUUGGCAAGGCAUGUCCUAUAUCGCGUCCACACCCCAGUUCAUGCUUAUCACAUUGGACUUGUUUAUGGAUACAAGUCUUUCCCCGGCAUGGCACUACGCCAUUACGAGCAUCGUGUUCGCUCUGGCGUUGUAUUUGUUCUCCUAUGUUUCCAUGAGGCUCUUUAGGAUGGUGGUGUGGUGCUCUCGAAAGAGAGUUUCUAUUGCAAACCAGGUGGUUUUCAUACUUUGGUUAUCCGCGCUCAUGCAGGGUGGAAUUCUUGGAUGCGCCGCCUACUCUUUUUUUGACAACGACGAUCGGAUAGAAUGGGGAAUGUUUGGUCUUGGCAUAGUUUGGGGUAUACUGCAUCCACUGACGUUUUCUCAGGUUGCAGAGCUAGAGGAGACAAUAAACAACAAAGACGGCAAGAACGAGAAAAAGGGGAGUGGAGUUGGGCCCGCAACUGCAGUUUAUCUUGUCUUUCGCCACCAUUUUAUCAGGGCUCCACUACUCUCUUUCGGAGGGAUUCUGUUUGCCACUGUUCACGCCUUGUUGACUACCUACCAAGGAGCCGUGAUCAACGAACUUUCCAAGUCCGUCACCAAAACUGAUGCAAACGGAAACCUGAAAGCCUCUAAUGACAAAGUUACAGAGCUGGCUCAAACAUUGGUUGCGGUUUGGGCUGCGUCGAUUGCGGCCAAGUUCAUCUUUGACGUGAUCUCUUCUUUCAUGUUUGCACGUCUCGAGGUGUGGUUGAGACGAGUUGUCAUGGAACGAGGUACCAAAGCUUCUUCAAGGAAAACGACUAAUGAAGCUGAGGACAAUGGGUUGGGUCUGGCGGACUAUCAAGCACGCUAUGCUUCUGACAUUACGGCAACCGUAUCUCUCUACGAUUCUCUGCUGAAGGGGGUGGUGAUAAAUCUCCUUUUAAUAGUCACCAAUUUCGUCUUUCUUGCCUACGAAGAGUGGCGCGUUGCCUGCGUCACAUUGGGCUUCUUGGCUAUGGGAGUCACCAGUGGACCGACUUCGUUGGCUGGAAAGAAUGCCGGCGAGACCCAAAAGCUUGCGACAUCCGGGCUGUCAAUGUUUCAAGAAGCAGAAAGUGACGACCCGGAACAAACCAAACCUCUUCCGGCCGAAGCCUCGUCAAGAUCACAACAAAUCUACUUGGUUCAACGCCACGAAGACCAAGUUUUGAAGCCGCUCGAAAAGACUCUGUUCCGGAGGAACUUUUUUGCCGCCUCGGUGGACACGUUCAUCAAUUUCUACUCGACAUUCCUCACCGCCAUUGUGGUUAUUGCCAUGAGCUGGGAGGUCUUCAAUGGAAACAUGGAUGGGUCGAACUUCUUGGGUCUCUUUUUCAUUUUCAAACAGCUUCAGAAGCCAGCCACCAAGUUGAGCGGCAUAAUCAAGAAGCUAUCAAAAUGUGGAGCCAAUUUGAAACGUGUCAAUGCAGUUGUCUUGGAUUCGCCAAGCAAGAAGGAAGACUAG